AUGGCGUCGUCUUCGCCCUUGAUGAGCAAUGCAGUUGUGGACGCUGUUGCAAUGGAGGUUUCGGCCGGCUGGGAAGCCACCGCAAACGGCUAUGUAAUUCGCACGGAGGCGAGAGUGGUGACACGGCGUUCCCGGUACACGCUCCCACCCGAAUUGACCAUGCACUUUUGCCUUCGGACGAUUUCUCCUAACACCCAUGCCGUUGAGCACGCCCACUUCACCAUCCAACCACACUAUCACACUAUCCUUGAUGAGGCAGCUUGGGACGACGAGACGCGGCGGAUGCUCUCCCAUGUGGCGGCAGAUCACGUGCGCACCAUCGACCUUGAUCUUCUUUUGUUAGCUUUUCGAAGAUACACUAGAGCGGUGAACGAUCGUUAUCCGAUCAUGCAAUUAUCUACGAUGGAGUUCUUCUCCGACAUUGUGAUUCCUCCUAGGGUGGCUCUUUCCAUUUUCACCCCGCUCUAUUACGUGGCACAACAAUAUUUCUCCCAGGGCGACCACAUCGACGUUGAGCCCGUCAGAGGGCUCACGCCGCUGGCACCUGCAGCGCUGGUGGAGGGGCUUCAAGAGAAGAUCGUAGAAGAGCCCGGCGUAUGCUCAAUUUGUUUGGAUGACUUCAACAUAAUGACUCGUGUUUUGGAGAUGCCGUGCCGUCAUAUAUUUCACAAUGAUUGCUUGAGGGAGUGGCUGACACGGAGUAAUACCUGUCCCCUCUGCAGAUUCACACUCCCUACCAUGCAGAGUAGUGACGUGACUGAGAUGGAAUCGUGA